AUGUUCAAAUACCAGCUACCUCAAUUAACAAGAUUAAUAUCUCAGCGAUCAGUAGUAUCAAGAAGAUCAAUAUCUCCAAUCUAUAAAUUUCAACCACUCCUAAAAUUUCAAAGAAAUUAUGUUAUAGUCCAUAAAGAUUUAUCAAAACAAAAAAAAGAACCAAGAAUAAGAUACAUUUUGUACGUUAUUGCUUUCUCAUGGGUCUUGAUAUGGUUUGUUGGAGGACAAGUUGACAAGAAAAGACCAACACAGUAUUUAACAGAACGUGAAUUUGAAGAAUAUGAAAAAUCAACAGGUAUAAAAAGAAGAAAUAAAUUAAUUGGAUCAGAUUUAAACAAUAAGUAUAGAUUUUAUGUAAUACCUUUUAUAUCAUCUGAUGAAGAACUCACCAAGAUUGAAAAAUCAAUGAGUAAACAUGAUCCCGAAAGAAAAAUCAAAAUAAUUGAUCCAGUUGUAUUAAUUCAAGAUGAAAAACAAGAUGAUGGAAAAAGAUAUUCUGCUUUACUUAAUGAAUUAGAUCAAAAACAUAAACCAUACCCACCAGGUUUAAUAACAGCAAUUUUAAAAGAAUAUAUCAACUUUUACAUGAACACAAGAGAAGGUACAUUUGAUACAAAUUUUAUUAUUAAAAAUUACCCUCAAACUACAAAUGAAGCAAUAAAAUUUGAAAAUGAUAUUUGUGAUAUUUCAAAAUGUCUUAUAAUGCAUUUUGAUAUGUUAAAUAAUUUACCUCCAGAUAAUGAUAAGUUAAAAAGAAAUUUGACUAAUGUUGAUGGAUAUUUUGAUUCGGUGGGUAAAUCAAAGACUUUAGUUUCUAAAUUUGAUGAAAUGGAUGCUAAAUUUGAAGAAAUUAUGUUGGAAGAUUUAUAG